CAGUUGUAGAACGAAUGUCCAUCUAGGUGCGGCAUAUCUAGUAGAGUCGGAGCGGGGAUCCUGGUACCCAAGUGAGACAUACAUCCCUCCAGCUUUGUCACACUCAGGUAUACACAGGAUGCAUUCCAAUGAUCGAAUAACCGGUGAGUCGGGGUAUCGGUUACAUCACUUGUUACUUCUAAAAAUACUGCAGGAGCAGGUGAGGGUAUAGGUAUAAAAGCAGGCCGGUCACUGCAGGAGCAACAACCACGCUCAGUAUAGCCAACUUCCGUUUCCAUUCCCCUUUGAUAAAGCGACCCCAAGACUCAAUUAUAAAGAUGGGUUACAAGACCACCGUUGUCCUAGGGCUACUCCUACAGCUGCUGUCUGCCAGCGCUGCCACGACCCUCGCCACGACCACCACGUCCUCGAAAAAGUACGAACCCACCCAACCGGGGGUGCCAUCCAACUGUGACAAAUUCCAUCUCGUCGCGGCCGGUGAUCAGUGCGAUACCAUUGAAGCCAAGUACGGCAUAACGGACGCCCAAUUCAAAGCCUGGAAUCCCAGUAUUAACUCCGCAUGCUCCAACCUCUGGUUAGACUACUACGUUUGCGUCCAUGUCCCGGAUGAUACAACGACAACCACAACGAGUAAACCACCCGGGCCCACGGACACCCCUCCCGAGCCGCGGAUGCCCGGCAUUGUGAGCAACUGUAAGAAGUAUUACCUCGUGAAGAAGGGUGAUGACUGUUAUUCGAUCGACACGGCUGCGGGCAUUACACUUGCUCAGUUCCGCUCGUGGAAUACGAUGAUUGAUGCGGCCUGUAGCAAUUUGUGGGUUGAUUACUAUGUCUGCAUAGGUGUCUAGCCUUAGUUGCUCCUUGCCUUUACCGAGAUAUGAGAUAGUCUCUUGUCCAUUUGGGGAACGGGAUGCAAAGUCAGAUAUAUGACGUAAUUUGACCAAAUAGCUGGCAAAGGCUAUUCGAUAAGGAUUCUUUCAUGUCGUGUACUAUGUGGGUCAAUGCAGAUUGAUCAUAUGCUAGGAGUUAGGGUCUUAGUAAUGAGAGGUUUCUAUCUUGAGAAUGUAAUUAUGCGGCUAUUUCCACGCCCUGGCGGACAGGGAAAUUGGUUAUCGGGAUCGGGACUGCGAUAAGGGAGAUUAUCCUAUUCGCGAUUGGUGAAUAAUGAAGUUGUUGAUGCGCAAUGUUUGUCACACUCUACACAAAUCCUUGAGCCCAUUUUGCAAGCAGAGAGCCAACUAAAUGUAGGGAAUAUAAAUAAUGGCAUGAUAAG